AUGCUCCCACAAUGUCCCGGCCCUAUCUGGGCCGUGGAUGACCUGUCUCGGUGCUUCCAGCGCAACACCCUGCAAGUUACUCUACCCCUCGCAGCAUGCAUUGUAUCGCUGCUCCUCAUAGUCGCGCGCCUAGUUCAUCGCUAUGUGGUAUCCAGAAAAGACGUCGCAUACAAGGUCCUGACAGACGACUCAGAUUCAUCGGAGGUUCCCAAUGGCCCGGAAACUGAAACCGACCCGAUGCUAUUCCAGGCUGCGCAAACCGAACAUGACCAUUUGAAGCUGGAGGUUGAUCGUCCCCGUGGAGAAAUCGCGAUCGUGGCUCUGGAGAUCGCCGCACUCGUCGGUCAAGUCGCACUUUAUGUGGUGAUUCUAUCUACCGAUGGUUGGGGCCGCCAUGGUACCAUUCCGGCCAUUGCUGGCUUGGUAUCCUGGGGCUAUAUCCUGUUCUUGGUCUUGGUGCGGCUAUUGCUAUCGACCAUGGAUCUCUCCUCCGCGCCGCGGCUUUGGACUCAUACUGCGGCUCUGUAUGGUCUGCAAUGGCUCUUCAACGUCAUGGUCUUCAGAUCCGCCGUCAUUCACCCGAUUUCAAAACAAGCUCUUGUUCUCAGCAGCGUUGGAUUCUCACUGAGUUCGUUGCUUCUCUUGAUCUGCGUGACUACUCGCCGUGGCAAUAAGCCUGUCGUAGUAGAGCGCGAAGAUGGACUAGAGCCUCCACGUCAUCCAAUGGCGAGUCUUCUAGCUUUAGCCACCUUCGCCUGGUUGGAUCCACUCAUCAUGAAAGGCUAUCGGCAACCGCUGGAGCUUGAUGAUGUAUGGAACCUGACUCCCAGUCAAAAGGCGGCGGCGGUUGUGACCGACUUUCGAAAACGCCAAAUGAAGGGCUCUUUGGCAUGGAAGCUCAUUCGAUACUUUAUCGGAACCAUAUUGAAGCAAGGCCUCUGGACGAUUUUUGCCAAUCUCUUCGUGUUUGUUCCCACUCUACUUCUUAAAGCGAUUCUCGAAUAUGUCGAAGACCCUCGCUCGACUACGCCCAAUGCCGCUUGGUUGUAUGCAAUCCUUCUGUUCUGCUCUGCCAUCGUCCAAGGCGUGGGAGACGGUCAGGCGCUUUGGAUCGGCCGUACGAUGGGCGUGAAGAUCCGUGCUAUCAUUAUUGGUGAGAUUUAUGCCAAAGCGCUCCGCCGCAAGGCUGGCGCGUCAACGGACGUUGCUCGCAAAGCUUUAGAAGAGCAGGAGGCGCCCAAGGACGCUAAGAAGAAACGGAUCUUCUCAUUCGGCCGGAAGAAGAAGAAGUCUGCCGAUGAGAAUGAUGCUGAGAAUGGUACUAAGCCCAGCUCUAAGAUCGAGGAGGCUGCUUCACAGGCAAACGUCGGAACUAUUAUCAACUUGAUGGCCAUUGACUCCUUCAAGGUCAGCGAAGUUGGUGCAUACCUCCAUUUCCUGUGGGCAAGUGUGCCGGUGCAGGUGACCGUAGCCGUCACACUGCUCUAUAAGAUUAUGGGCUUCAGUUCCUUCGCCGGUAUCUUGAUAAUGGUUUGCAUGCUCCCAGUCAAUCUCUUCAUUGCCCGACAGUUUAGCAAGGUCCAAAACCAGAUCCUCAAGGGCACUGACGCCCGUAUCCAUGCGACCAAUGAAGUCCUCCAGAAUAUCCGGAUCAUCAAGUAUUUUGCCUGGGAACAGCGUUUCCAGGAUAUUGUCAAUGAGAAGCGCCAGGCUGAACUGAAGUCGUUGCGACGUCGCUAUAUCUUGUGGUCUUGUGCUGCCACAGUUUGGUACGGUACUCCCAUCCUAAUUACUUUCCUCUCGUUCUUCCUAUACACGGUUGUUGAGAAGAAACAAUUGACCCCUUCAAUCGCCUUCCCUGCUCUGUCGAUGUUCUCGCUUCUGCGGGUUCCCUUGGAUCAAUUGGCCGAUAUGGUGGCCCAUGUCCAGGAGUCGAAAGUCUCUCUCGAUCGUGUGGACAAAUAUCUAAAUGAGGAGGAGACUGAGAAGUACGAUCAACUGCGUGCCAGCUCCGAUGGCCCAACUCAAAUCGGACUCCAAAAUGCGACCCUCACUUGGGGAACCUCCAAGCCAAGCCCCCAACUUUCCUCUUCCUCUGGCAAUGCUGACGCAUUCCGCCUGAUCAACAUGGAUGUCAAUUUCCCGCUUGGUCGUCUUAGCAUCAUCGCCGGACCCACCGGCUCUGGCAAGACUUCUCUACUCAUGGCUUUACUUGGUGAAAUGAAUCUCAUUGAAGGUCGUGUUCAUCUGCCUGGUGCCAUAGCGAAUCGUGCUGAUCUUCCGGUUGACCCCGAAACUGGCCUGAUUGAAAGCAUUGCCUACUGCGCCCAAGAAGCGUGGUUGGUGAACGCCACCGUGAAGGAAAACAUCAUUUUUGCCUCUCCUCACGACGAGAAACGCUACCGCGCAGUUUUGAAGGCGUGUGCCCUGGAGCGUGAUAUUGCUAUUCUCGACGCCGGUGACCAGACCCUCGUUGGCGAAAAGGGAAUCAGUCUGUCGGGUGGGCAAAAACAGAGAAUUUCUCUUGCCCGAGCCAUCUACAGCAGUGCUCGCCACUUGUUACUGGAUGACUGUCUCUCCGCGGUCGACUCGCACACUGCUAAGCAUAUAUUCCGUCAGGCCCUGACGGGCCCCUUAAUGAUCAAUCGUACCUGUAUCUUAGUGACUCACAACGUUUCUCUCACCGUUCCCCAGGCCGACCAUGUGGUUGUCCUCGACAAUGGAAAGAUCACCGCCCAAGGCCGACCCGAUGACGUUGCUGCCACCGGCGCUCUAGGUGAUGAGUUCAUCAACUCCCGGCCAGUCUCGCGCGACAGCUCGCGCGGCCUAUCUCGGGUUCCAUCGGAUGCCGACCUCGCAGAUGAGACCGCCGCUACAAACGGUUCAACGAACGGUACUGUCAAAAAGCCCCAAAAGGACGAAGAGACAAAUUUGAAAGAGUCAAAGGCUGUUGGCAGUGUCAAGUGGUCCACUGUCACUAUGUAUCUGGGCUCAAUGGGACGAUGGUACUACUGGGUCAUGGCUGUUGCGGUAUUCUGUCUGCAGCAGAUAGGUUCGGUGUCAACCAAUAUCUGGAUCCGACAGUGGGCGAAUUCCUACCAAACUUCCAGCGUUGGACCGAAAGAUGACCCCGGUAUGUAUGCCGCUGUUGCUCACCUUAAGCCUCCGACAUUCAAUGUCGGCAGUGUCUCCAAGGUGAGCACGUGGGGGGCCCCACAACUGUCAUCCAAUAGCAUGGGCCCUACUACUCCUGACGGCCAAGUCAAUGCUUUGUAUUACUUGGGCAUUUACGCUCUGCUGGGUGUUGGUUAUAUUUCAAUUUCUUUGACCCGCGAGGCUGUCUUGUUCUGGGGCUCUCUUCACGCGUCCUGGAAGAUCCAUGACCGUCUCCUCAAGGCCGUCACGCAUGCCAAGUUCCGUUUCUUUGACUCCACCCCGCUCGGUCAGCUCAUGAACCGAUUCUCUAAGGAUAUCGAAUCAGUCGAUCAGGAAGUUGCGCCUGUGGCCAUAGGAAUGCUCCACAGUCUUGCUUCGGUCAUUAUGAUUGUCAUUCUGAUUUCCAUCAUCACGCCAGGAUUUUUGAUUGCGGGUAUUUUCAUCACUUUAGUUUAUACUGCCUUGGGUGCCAUCUACUUGAACUCUUCUCGUGACCUUAAGCGCAUGGAGUCUGUGCAAAGAAGCCCCCUGUAUCAACAAUUCGGCGAGACUUUGAAUGGCAUUGUCACCAUUCGUGCUUAUGGCGAUGGCCCUCGGUUCAUUGUCGACAAUCACCGCCGCAUCAAUUCCUACAACCGACCUCACAUCUAUCUCUGGGCUGCUAACCGUUGGCUUGCCCUUCGAGUAGACUGGACUGGUGCCCUGGUCUCGUUCUUUGCUGCCGCGUUUGUCCUGAUUAAUGUUGGAAAGAUUGAUGCUGGUGCGGCUGGUCUUUCCCUGACCUAUGCCGUUACCUUCACUGAGAACGUCCUUUGGCUCGUCCGCCUUUACUCAGAGGUUCAGCAAAACAUGAACUCGGUCGAGCGAGUGCGGGAGUAUCUUGAGGUUGACCAAGAAGCUGCUGCUAUCAUCCCCGAGUCUCGCCCCGCCAAGGGAUGGCCGGUCGAAGGCGCAGUAGAGUUCUCCGGCUACAGCACUCGCUACCGCCCUGACUUGGACCCAGUGCUGAAGGAAGUCUCCUUCUCUGUCAAGGCCGGUGAAAAGGUUGGUAUCGUUGGCCGCACAGGUGCAGGCAAAAGUUCACUCGCCCUUGCUCUGUUCCGCGGGUUGGAGGCUGAGAAGGGCAAGAUUCUCAUCGACGGUGUUGACAUUGGUGCAAUUGGUCUCCGGGAUCUUCGCGAGGCCAUCACAAUUGUGCCUCAAGAUCCUACUCUGUUCACAGGAACUAUUCGCAGCAACCUUGAUCCUUUCGGUUUGUUCACUGAUGAGGAGAUCUUUACUGCUCUCCGCCGGGUUCAUCUGAUCGGAUCUCCAUCAGGAACCACAACUCCAUUGACUGGAAGCACAUUCACCCCUACCGAAGCCAAUGGCGUUAGCAGUGGUGCCAAUGGCAGCGCCGUGACAAUUGUCGACAACAAGAACAUCUUCCACGACUUAGAAAGCUUGGUCUCCGAGUCUGGAUCCAACUUGUCUCAGGGACAGCGACAGCUCCUGUGUCUUGCCCGCGCGCUCCUAAAGAAGCCACGCGUUCUUAUGAUGGACGAAGCUACCGCGUCCAUCGACUACGCGACCGACUCCAAGAUCCAGGAGACCCUUCGCGAACUCCACGACAGCACAAUUAUCACCAUUGCCCAUCGCCUGCAGACUAUCAUCGACUACGAUAAGGUCCUAGUCCUUGAUCACGGUAAAGUGAUGGAGUUCGACCACCCCUGGACUCUAAUCAAUAGCGAGAAUGGUAUUUUCCGCGGCAUGUGUGAGAACUCAGGCAACAUGGACGUGCUUCUUGAUGGUGCGAAGCGUGCCUGGGUCCAGAAACGCCUGGUCGAUGACUCCUAA